CUGGUCAACUCUUCCCUCUUGAAGAAAAACUGCUCCUGAAAUCGGAAGAAAAAGGAAUCUUGAGUCUAUCACAUCCUUUCAGUGGACAUUAAAGAGAAUUGUAGAAGAGCCCACGAAAGAAGAUUUGGACAACGAACGACUGCAAGUUUUGGGGUUGUGGUGACGAUUUCCUUCUUUCUUUCUGCCUUGUGAGCAGCUUGAGAGCUGUAUCUUAUUGCAUGUCAAGCUCCGGGGCUCGUCCUACCACACACGGUGCCAGAACACGUACUAAUUGACGCUGUAGCAGUGUCUCUCACAGAUUGACUCUCUGCCAAGUCGAGACCCCACCAAGAGUGCGAAAUAUCACGGGAAUCUAGUCAGCACCUGCAUCCUAAAACUAAGGUUUGCCUUCUUCUGUUUCACCUUUCUUACAAGCCGGUUUCAUCAUACCGCUCAUCACCCAUUUUGGCAACAAUAGCUGUACAUUCACGCUAACUCUGCGCGUACGGAGCAUCUCAACAUUUGGAGGAAAACCUCUUCGAAAUCACCAAAUUAGCCAAAGCCUGCGUCAACAGUUGAAAAAACAAAAGUCAGUUCAGUCUGCAACUAACAUCAGUUGACGUAAUCGACAUUAGUUGGUUUGAUAACCAACAGAACAACAGAGCACUGCUUCAUUUUGAGACGAUAGUGUGACUGAUUUUCAGCCACCAUGAUGGAGGAACCGCAUUCCGAGUCGGCUAUCUACUCAACGCCAACCUGCGUCCAGCUCGGCAUUCCCAUGAGCGACUGCCCGACGGCCGCCGGCCUGUACCCGCUCCGUGAACACGGUAACAACACCGAUGUCACCUUACCGAUACCUAACUACCUAGACCCCCGGUAUACUGGCUCCUUCAUGGGGCAUUACAGCAGCUACGUCCCCUUGCCUAGCCCCUUUGGGUUCUACGAUCUCGAGCCGUCUUUCAUCCGACGACGAAACGAGCGAGAACGGGAAAGAGUCCGGAAUGUCAACGAGGGGUACGCGCGGUUGCGAGAACACCUACCGACGGAAAACCCCGAGAAACGGUUGAGCAAGGUGGAGACGCUCCGCACAGCUAUACGGUACAUCAAGCAGCUACAGGGCGUCUUGCACACGGAGGAACACAAGGAAAACAACUGCGGGGAUUCGGAGACGGAUCGAGGAUCGAUGGGUGAUUCUGAAGAAGGCGAGAAGUGAAGACCUCUAGACUUUUGUAUCAUACUCAAAAUCAUGUAUUUAUUAUCACAGAAAGACUCUGUAUAUACUAAUGCUGAAAUGUAGCACUUACGAUUGUGAGAAAACACCAAUGUAAUGAAGCCAAGUUUCAUUUGUUGACACAGAUUGUAGUUUUCUUGUUACAGCGGUUUGAAAAGCGGCAAGUAUUUAUCAAAAACAUUUUGUAUAUGAUGCACUUAUUUUAUAUAAAUUAAUAUAUCAUACAACGCAACAGGUAUUGCAUUAUAAGUAAGUUAUGAAACGCUGUAAAAGGUCCCUACGCAAAUUUAAAAAAGAAGAGUUUAAAUUAUUAAAUCUGUUGGUAUAACAUGAAGGUAAUUUGGAAAUAAUCGUUCAACUAUCAACAAUUAUUUUAGAACUUUAUUUGUAAUAAUGGUAUUCGUAUAGAAUUUGAUAAAACACUAUCAACACACCAUUCCAUAUAUUUCAAAUAUUAGGAAAUCUUUAAGUGAGGAAUAUGAAAGAUUACUUUUCAAUUUCUCUUCUUUUUUUACCAUUUUCGUAUUUUCUUCAGCCGAUGAAAACAAUGACACGUUUCGAGAAGUUAGUCGUUUUUUGGAUGUAAUGCGUUUGUUGCAUUUAAACUAAAUUUCAAAAACAAUCCUUUGAAAAGUAUAAUGUGCAUGGUGCUUGUUUUAAAGGGUUUUGUUUGCAAUAGCUGCUCAUAGUGAAGGAGUUUUAGUGAUAAAAAAAAAAUCGUUUUAGCUUCGCGGUUCUCGACCAGAAAACAACAUCCGACAAACUUCAACCAAAUAGGGGCCUAAAUAAUGCUACAGAAACACCCCUUUUUUCGAUGUUCUUUCAAAAUAAGGAAAUUUCAAGGAGUUUUCCAUCUACAACUAUAAACAACUAAACAAUCAUGUGUUGUUAGUUUAAAAGUUGC